UGGAACAUUUACUCUUGUUCUCAUUUCCUACAAAGAAGCGUUUGUCUAAGGUCCCGAUCUUUUUCCUCCGCAUCAACGGAUGUGAAGUGAGAAGCUGGAACGAGCUUCACGUUCCCAUUCCACGGAGUGCAGACGUUUUUUUUUUGCGCGGGGGGGCGGGGGGCUUUCGCGUCGUAUUGUGCGUCAUCUCCAUCGCUUUCAUCUAUUUUGAUCCGGUUUGUGACAACAUGGCGACUCCCGCAGCGGUGAACCCGUCCGAAAUGGCCAGCGAGUUGCCAGGUCCAGUAGCAAUGUCUGGUGGAGUCGGAACCGGCCAGGUGAGAAUGGGAGGUGCUGUGUCAGGCCGCGGUGGAAAGAGGAGAUCAGGAGGAAUGGACUUUGAUGACGAGGAUGGGGAGGGACCCAGCAAAUUUUCAAGGUAUGAUGAUGAUCAGAUUGCUGGUGUGGAUAAGGAGAGAUAUGCCAGAGAGAACCACAGUGAGAUUGAACGACGUCGACGCAACAAAAUGACCCAGUACAUCACUGAACUAUCAGACAUGGUCCCUACAUGUAGUGCCCUGGCCCGAAAACCUGACAAGCUAACCAUACUGCGUAUGGCUGUCUCCCAUAUGAAGUCCAUGCGGGGCACAGGCAACACUUCUACUGAUGGCGCAUAUAAGCCCUCCUUUCUCACUGAACAGGAACUGAAGCACCUGAUUCUGGAAGCAGCAGAUGGCUUCUUGUUUGUGGUGGCGGCAGAGACGGGCCGAGUCAUCUACGUGUCGGACUCUGUGACACCAGUGCUUAACCAUCCCCAGUCAGAGUGGCUCGGCAGCACCCUGUAUGAGCAGGUUCACCCAGAUGAUGUGGACAAGCUGAGAGAACAACUCAGCACUUCAGAGAACUCCAUGACAGGACGAAUUCUGGACCUGAAAACAGGAACAGUAAAGAAGGAAGGACAGCAGUCUUCCAUGAGGAUGUGCAUGGGUUCCAGGCGCUCCUUUAUUUGCCGCAUGAGGUCUGUUGGUUAUGAUGAAGUAUUACUUUGGUGAUUUUAGUUCUUUUAC